UUCGGUAAAACUACUACUUAUAGCUGGCGCAGCUGAAUUUCACGAUCUGUAGGAGAGGAAGAGAGAAGGGGAAAUUAUCAAGCUUUCUUGUGGCACUCGAGGAGCGAAGGAAGGAGGUUCAUAUAUUGAAGCAAAUGAGUAAAGAAAGGAGGCGGCCGUUUCGCCAUUAAUGGGCUGUUUUGGCCGAAGCAGGAAAGGAAGAAGCAGGGAAGGAAAGAGAAAAAAGGAAGCGGCAAAAGGUGGGGAAUUAAUACUAUUUGAUGGCCAACAAGGGCAGCUCCGGCGGCCAUGGCUACCAGCACCACCAAACAGAGCAGCAGCAGCAUCAGCAGCAGCAGAUCUCCUUCGCCAUGAUUCAUCCUUCUUCUUCCUCCUCCUCCUCGUCCAUGCACGCAAGCUUCAUGAGAAGCAAGGAGAGCACUGGAGCUUAUGACUUGGGAGAGUUGGAUCAAGCUUUGUUCAUGUACUUAGAUGGGCAGGAUCACUCAGUUCAAGAACAAAGACAGACGUUGAACAUUUUCCCUUCCCAACCUAUGCACGUAGAGCCACCCUCCAAUAGCUACAAGGGAGGUGGAAUAAGUCUGGCAUCUCCAUCAAGCAGUGGCUCCAAGAAGUCCAACUCGGAGCAGGCCAUGGAGUUGGCCAACUCCAAGAAAUUAGAUUCUCCUCCUGCUUUGCCUCAUGACCACGCCAAGGACUCCAAAUCAGCAGUCAAGAAGGAAGGGAGCAGAAAGGGAGCUACUGGAGCAGAUCAUGAAGGCCCCAAGACGCCGGAUCCUAAAACCUUGAGGAGGCUGGCUCAGAAUAGGGAAGCUGCGAGGAAAAGCAGGCUGAGGAAGAAGGCUUAUAUUCAACAGCUCGAGACAAGUAGGAUCAAGCUCUCUCAGAUCGAGCAGGAGCUUCAUAGAGCUAGAUCACAAGGAUUACUAUACGGUGGCGGAGCUGGAGCUCUCCUCGGCGAUGGACUUCCUUCCGGAGUCGGCGGGCUUAGCUCAGAUGCGGCGGCGAUGUUCGACAUGGAGUACGGGAGGUGGCUGGAGGAGCACCACCGGCUGAUGAUGGAGCUGCGGGCGGCUGUGCAGGAGCACCCGCCGGAGAACAAGCUGCGAGUGUUCGUCGACAGCUGCGUGGCGCACUACGACCAGAUGGCGAGCCUGAAGAGCAUGGUGAUCAAGACCGACGUGUUCCACCUCCUCUCCGGCACCUGGCUCACCCCCGCCGAACGAUGCUCCAUGUGGAUGGGCGGUUUCCGGCCAUCCGACCUCCUCAAGAUGUUGCUGAGUCACAUCGAGCCGCUGACGGAGCAGCAACUGCUGGCAGUGUGCGGGCUGCAGCAGUCGACGCACGAGACGGAGGAGGCGCUGAGCCAGGGGCACGGGGCGCUGAACCAGUCGCUGCUGGACACCGUCACCUCCGACGGGCUGAGCUGCGGCGCCUCCGACGUCGGCAACUACAUGGGCCAGAUGGUCGCCGCCAUGAACAAGCUCGCCACCCUGGAAGAAUUCGUUCGCCAAGCAGAUCACUUGAGGCAGCAGACGCUUCACCGGCUUUACCAGUUUCUGACGACGAGGCAGAUGGCGCGGUGCUUGCUGGCCGUCGCCGAGUACUUCCACCGCCUCCGCGCGCUCAGCUCCCUGUGGGUGGCUCGCCCGAGACAGGAGUGACAUGGAUGCCCACCGCCAUAAACGUCGUGACUCCUUCGAUCGAUGUCUUGCGAGAGGAUCGUGCAAACUGUUUCUUGGCUUGUAGACAUGCAGUAGACGUAGCGGGCAUGCACGUCCGGGACUGCUGCGGCUGGCCUGCGUACGAUCUGUAGGACAGGCAGUUGGCACAGAGAGGAACAGAGGUCCAUUUUCAGUAUUAAUAUAUAUAUAUAAUUAUAUGUGUACAAGGGCGUAUGUAAGUAAUUAACUAGUACGUAUAUAGCUCUAGAUAAUACACUGAAGUAUGAGAAAUAAUAUAAUCCCGUCCAUGUUAUUAGAUGGCUAUUUUAAUACGAGGAAAUUUAAAUGCCAACUAAUUAAGUGUGAUCC